AUGGAGGUGUGCAAGCUGGAGUCGUGCAAGGCAGAGGCCUCGCUGGUGGCACUGACAGACGCGGCCUUCGACAAGGACGAGGGCGUGCGGCGGCAGAUCGCCCAGUCGCUCUACGAGCUGGGCUGCCACAACACGGAGCAGGUGCUGAGCGCGUGCCUCGACUUCCUGCUGAAGCACAGCCAGCUGGUGCAGGGCCACCGCACCGCCAUCUUGCAGUGCAUGGAGCGGGUGGUGCGCGACAACAUCGGGCAGCUCGGCCCGCCGCUGGCCAAGAAGAUUGUCAACCUGGCCUCCGAGGAGAUGGUCAAGGCCAGCGAGGCGGCCGUGGGCUGGAAGGAGGCGGCCAGCAACCUGCUGGUGGCGCUGGGCUCCCGGUUCACCGACGAGAUCCUGGAGGACAUCCUGCAGAAGCUGCAGCCGGGCGUGGUGCCCCAAUACUUUGUGGUGCAGACCCUGGCCAACCUGGCGGUGGCCAAUGUGCACGGCCUGGUGCCCUACCUGACCACCACCCUGCAGACCAUGCUGCCCAUGCUCCACCUGGUCAAGCAGGACAACAUGAAGUGGGCCUUCACCUCCGCCAUGGCGCUCUUCAGCAAGAGCAUCCUGGAAUACCUGGCGACGGCAGACCAGGCUUCCGGGCCUGUGCUGAACCGCGAAGCCUUCGCCCCCGACAUCUACGCCGCCUACAAGGUCCUCUUCGGCACCUGGCUGCGGAACAAGGACGUCAAGCUGCGCUCAGCCAUCGUCGUGGCACUGGGGCACAUGGUCCACCUCCUGCCCCCUGAGCACAUGGACGAGGAGAUGCCCCGCCUCCUGGUGGGCGUCAUGGGCCUCUACAAGAAACGCUGCGAGCCCUGCCAUGUCACCCAGUGCCUGCGCAACAUCCUGGAGGCCGCCAUCGAGGUGACCAGCCACGUGCCCGAGGCCCAGAUGGACAGCCUCCUGCCCCAGCUGCACCACCAGGCCUGCCUGCCGGUGGACGGGCAGGACCCGCUCAGCGCCCGCAACCAGCAGGAGGUGCUGCAGUGCUUCACCAUCCUGACCCACGUCUCCAUCGACGCCGUGGUCAAGUUCCUGCUGCAGAAGCUGUCCAGUAACAACGAGAAGGUGCGGGUGGGGACCCUGACGGUGCUCAACCACGUGGUGAGCAGCGGCUACAAAGCCCUGGAGAGCAAGAAGGCGCUGAUUGUCAGCGGCAUGAAGCAGUCGCUGCAGGACAGUGACAACAAGGUCAAGAAGGUGACCGCGCAGGUCAUCAGCAGCAUGGGAGAACACGGCUACCUGCAACUGGAAGGGGGUGCCAUCCUGGUGGACUUCCUGGUGCAGCAGUGCGCCCUGACACCCGACGAAGGGUUCGGGCACCACCACCACGCGCCGGACGCGGACGAGGUGAGGGACGAAGACCUGUGCGAGCUCUGCGAGGGCAUCCUCAGCUUCCUGGUGUCGCUGGACCGGAUGGAGGACGUGCUGUGGCCCUUCCUGCUGGAGUUUGUCACGCCGGUGCAGUACACCCACGCCCUGGCGGUGGUCUGCCGCUGCCUGGGCCAGGUGGGCGACCGCAAGAGGCGGCAGAGCCUGCAGUACGUGCUGCUGAACUACAACGAGCGGCUGGGCCUGCCCAAGGCCCACACCUUGCUGGCCCGGCUGCUGGCGGUCUCCGCUCUGCCCUACGCCGGCCAGGGCCGGGGGCUGGCCGCCCUGAGGCUGCUGCAAGUGCUCAGCCCCAACAUCCACGCCGAGGCGGUGAAGCUGUGGGACGAGGAGCUGCCCCAGCUCAUCCAGUUCCUGGCGGAGCACCGGGAGGAGACGCUGCCCCAGAAGCUGUGGGAGGACAAGCUGUUCUUCUUCCUGUCCCGCACGCUGGAGACCAUCACCGACGAGAAGUGGACCUGGGAGCUGAGCGAGGAGAUGACCCGGCACAUCCACAACUACCACAGCUACCCGCGGGAGAAAGCCUUCCUCUACAAGUGCGUGGGCAUCGUGCUGGGGCAGACCAACAACAAGGACGUGAUCAACAACGAGCUGCAGGAGAUGCUGCUCAGCGUGCAGCACAACGAGGCCCUGGAGCGGGAGGGCCUGGCCACGGGCAUUGGCUUCUGUGCCAUGACCCACCUGGACGACACGCUGGCCAAGCUGGAUGACUUUGUCAAGAUGGACAUCGUGAAGAAGACGGCCAGCUUCUUCAACAUCCUGAAGGAGAAACUCGACGGCGACAUGGAGCGGGUCAAGAGCACGCUCAUCCUGUGCUACGGCUACGUGGCGCUCUACGCCCCCGAGGGCCUCAUCCUGCAGCGGGUGGAGAUGCACAUCCUCGACCACAUCCUCAGCCUGUCCAACACCAAGGUGCUGGGCAUCAAGGUGGAGACCAAGGACCUGAUGAUCAAGCUGACCCUGAUCAAGGCCGUCACCCUGAUCGCCAAGGCCGUGUACGCCAACAGGGGCAAGCACCUCUUCAAGUUCAGCCGCCGGGAGGAGGUCCUCUCCCACAUGCAGGACCUGAUCGCCAGCGAGUCCAAGGCCCACUUGAAGUCCCGGGUGCGCCAGGCGGCCAUCAACGCCUGCACGCACCUCAUCCGGCUGGAGCCCCGGCUCAACGAGAUGGAGUCGUCGGACCUGAUCCGCACCUGCCUGGAGGCGGUCUUCAGCUUCCCGCCGCCGGACAGCGACAAGCGCAAGGACGCCCGGAAACUGAAGGAGCGCGAGGCGCUCCACACCGAGACCGUGGCCGCCCUCCACGAGCUGCUGAAGGAGUUCCUGGGCCAGAACCUGACCUCCGAGGGCCUGGAGUUCAUCUUCAAGCACGUGCAGGAGUGGAUGGUCUCCACCAAGGACCACGAGCGGGAGAGAGCGGUGGAGGCCAUGCUGGCCCUGCUCGCCUUCUACCGGGACCGCUUCAAGUCGGUCAACGUCAGCACCUUCCACAACCUGGGCGUGCUGGUGGGCCGCUUUGUGCCCCGGUGCGCUGACCCGGUGCUGUCCAUACGCUACAUGGCCAUGGACGCCCUUUACCACCUGCUGUACAUCCAGGUGCGCUACGAGGGCUGCGUGGUCAACCAGCCGGACAACCUGGUCGACCACCUCGGCGACAUCAAGGAGCAGCUGCAGAACCCGGACAGCCAUGUCCUCUUCCAGAUCUGCUACGACAUCGCCAAAGUCAUCGCCAACAAGCUGCCCCACGACCAGCUGCACCCGCUCCUCUUCGCCCUCUUUGACGGCCUCUCGGACUACCACGCCACCUGCUCCAGCGCCACCUCAGUGGUGAUGAGCACCCUCGUGCGCCGGCACGGCGCCAACCUGAAGGACCACAUCCCCGAGAUCCUGGGCCACCUCCAGUCGGCCAUGCCCGCCAUCGCCCUGGAGCAGGUGCGGUUCUCUGUCAUCCACUUCAUCUCCAUCCUGACCUCGCAGUGCCUGCCCGGGGUGCUCUCCUACCUCCUCUUCCGGCCCCUACCCUACGACAAGUACACCAGCGCCAUCUGGCAGUCGCUGGCGCGCGAGGUGCAACUGGCCGCCACCACCAUGGACUUCCUGCUGGGCAAGAUCAACGACUACUUGUCCCACGAGGAGCGCAGGGAGGGCGUCGCCAAGCGCCCGCCUUCCACGGGCACCUCGGAGACCGUGGCGGUCAUCUACGCCCUCAACGAGAUGGUCUCCAACCCUGAGUCGACGGAGGCAGUAGUCAACCUCUACCCCAAGCUCUUUGGCACCUUGCUCCUCUACCUCAGCUUCAUCGUCAACGAGAGGAUGUCCGAGCUCCAGGGCAAGGGGGUCUCUAAAAAGAAGAAACUGUCGCUGCAGCUCCAAAACACGCCCAACCUCAACAUCUGGGACUCCUCGCUGGAGGCCCUCAAGCUCAUGCUGUCCCGUGGCAAGACGGAGGAGGUGGCCACCAUUAUGGAGGACGAGGGUGGUUGGGAGCUCCUGAAGACCCCCGAGGACCACCAGCGGGGGGUGGCGCUGCUGGCCCGGGCCUCGGGCAAGCACGGCGCCGCCUACCUGCCGGACACCGUGCGCUUCCUGGCGCCCAUCCUGCACAACCUCCACGAGCACCAGCGGGUGACCGUGGCGACGUUCUUCGGGGAGCUGCUGGCGUCGCCCGGCACCCAGGAGCCGGCGGUGACCGAGCUGCUGGUGGGCAGCCUGCUGCGGAGCCUGGACGACGUGUCCCCCACUGUCCACUGGCUCUCCAUCCGGGGCUUGGGCAACGUGGCGGUGGGCUCCCCGCAGCGCAUCCCGCGCUACGCCGAGCGGCUGCUGGCCGCCAUGGUGGGCGGCCUGGACGAGAAGACCGAGCUCAACGACCUGAUCGUGCUGGAGGCCAUGGCGGGCCUGGGCAAGGUGCUGGCGCGGCUGGACCCGGCCCAGGCGCGGCCCAUCCUGCCCAGCAUCAUCGGCACCGUGCAGCCCUUCUUCGAGAACGAGAGCGAGAAGCUGCGGGCGGCCGCGUUCUCCGUCUUCGGGUGCCUGGCGCGCUUCGGUGAGGGGCAGCCGGAGCCCGCCUUCCUGGAGCACGUCCACGCCAGCCUGGUCAGCCUGGUGCUGCACCUCAACGACAGCAGCGGUGAGGUGGUCAGGGCCUGCAAGGCGGUGCUGCAGAUGGUAGGACCGCACCUCUGCUCGGAGGGCCCUGGCGCCCUCUUCCGCGGGGAACUACUUGAGCAGGCCAACGUCCGCUACUGGGAGUUCAUCGCCGAGCUCAGCAAGGUCAUCGUCAGUGAGUUCCCCGACAAGAUAGGCCUGUACCUGAACGCCAGCAUGUCCUUCUUCAAGAGCAUGCUGCCCGAGAUCCGAGGCAACGCCGUCAUCCUGGCCGGCUUCAUCCUGCAGAACCUGCCCAGGGAGUACGUGGAGGCCAGCACCGACGACAACGUCUGCGUCGCCAUCAUCAUGAUGCUCCACGACGUCUCUCCGUGCGUGCGGGUCAAGGCCGCCCGGGUGCUGGGCCUCUACCGCGGCUUCUGA